GAUGCAGCGGCAGACAGAGACUGAAGGUGAGUCUAACAACACAUCACACUAACAGAUGGUUAAUAACUCACUGCUGUGACAACAAAUACUGAUUUACACAGAAAGUUUCCACAUCCAUUAAAACCGGAGUCUGAAUCCUGAAGACUGAGAGCGAUGAGCCGAGCGCAAACCUACAAAGAAGGUGAAGCUGCUGCCUCCCAACGAACAGAGUCCAACAGGGGGUCAAAGGUCAGAUCCGAGAGAGUGGCGCUGCUGCUUCUCAGUGCUCUGCUGGCAGCUGCUGCCGUUGUUAUUUACCGUCUCUCUUUUGCACAUUUUCAAACUAGUAAAAACCUGCAAAUGUUGAAGGAUGAAAAUGAAGCAAUGAGGAAAAAUCUGACAGCUGAAUCAUUUCCAACAUGUGAAAAAGGUUGGAAUCAACAUGGAGGAAGGUGUUAUCAUUUCUCCUCCUAUAAACUGACCUGGGACCAGAGCAGACGUGACUGUAAAGGUCGAGGAGCAGAUCUGGUCCAGAUAAAAAGUGAAGAGGAGCAGAGUUUCCUCGAGUACAUACUAAGAGGGAGCAUUAGUGAUAAUGAGGACAAGUUCUGGAUUGGACUGACAGAUUCAGAGGAAGAAGGCAGAUGGUUGUGGGUGGACGACUCACCUCUGAACAAUAGUUUGUCCUUUUGGUACGGCAAGGAACCAGACAACUGGACUGGAGUGAAUUCUGCAGGAGAGGACUGUGCCAGGAUGGGAAUAAAAGGAGGAGCUACAGACCUGAAAUGUUGGUUUGAUACAUCCUGUGAUGUAACUCAAAGAAACAUCUGUGAGAAAGCAGCUAAAACUGGACGAUAACAACUAGAUUUGUGCUUUUAUUUUGAAAGAAAUUGGAGACAUUGUGUGUGGGUAAUUACUAAACUUUAGAGUAAUAUUUUUAACUAGACAUAAUUAACCAUUUAAAACAAAGGCAUUGUUAUGAGAGCUAAGAAUUUGGAGUGGUGCUUUUACUUUGAAAGUAUUUAAAGGAAGUGGAUGUGACUAGUUACUUAUCUUUAAAAUAGCCUCAUUAACUAGUCUAUAACUAUAAUGAACCAGUUGAAAGCAGAAAUAUUGCUGAAUAAAAGCUUUGGAUUGGUGCUUUUAUUAAAUUGAGUGUUAAAGUGUGGGCUUAUUACUAAACAAUCAAACAGUCUAAUCAGUAAUAUGCAUAGAGCUGCUACACUGAGCAUCUGGAGUUUGACCUGUCAAUCAAACUGUUUCAGUUGCUGUUGCCAUGGAGAGAAAGGGCAGUAAAAUCAGACUCACGCCGCUCUGUGAAAGCAGAGUUUCAUCUCUGUUAAACAGGCUUGUUCCAGCAAAAACAUAAUAGUUAUCAUGCGAACUAUCAUGACUAAGAACGAGUGAAAAAAUUAUUUUGGUAAAUAGUAAUAAAUUAGUUCAAAAGACAUUAAGAGAACGAGCAGUUUGAAUA